UUUAAUUUGUCAUAAGAAAAUUAGGUUUAAGCUGUGAUUCUGUAUAUCCAGAUAAUUUAAUAUAAGUAUUUUUCAGAUAUAGGAAGCUGAUGCUCUUACUAGAAGUUAACCGACUCAUGUUUGGCUGUAUUUUUUGAUAAUUUGUGUACAUUUUUAUUAAACAUCUAAAAUUCUUCUGUGCAAAAGUGGAGUACGUAUCUUCUUCGUUUGGAAAAUGAAAUAUUGUAAUUAGUGUUUUUAUUAUUUUGAAACUCCAAAAUUACACAAUAUCGGUGCAGCACCCAAGCCUAUAAAACUUUACAACUCUAACAAGAAAUUCCAGAUCAUGACUCGACCAAAUAACGUCUGUAAAAAGGGCUCACAUCUUCGCCAACUUUACGUUUUUAAAUAGCCACAAGCUCCUCACACUGCACCUCAGUCAGUGUCGAGCAUCAGAACAGAACCACACCGCAACCAUGCCGAAGGAACUUCCGACCUCCUGGCUGGACAAAGCCCCCGCAAAGUACGACGACGAUCUGGCCGAAAUGGACGACUUCUUCCGUGGUCUCGCCGAAAAGUACAUCCGAGAAACGCCCGACCUGCGCCAGCAGUCGUUGGCCCAACUCCGCGAUUGGAUCGCCAAACAUCCCCACAUCCGGCGAGUACGUACGGACGCUCCGUUCCUGUUGCGCUUCCUGCGGACGAAAAAGUACAACUUCAUCAACGCUUCCAAGCAGCUGGAACGCUACCUGGCGGUUCGAAUGCUGCACCGAAAGUACUUCGAGCGGCUGGACGUGGAAGAUCCGGAAUUUGGAGCGCUAAUUGGAUCGGGAUUUCUGGUCCCCAUGCCUGAACGGGACGCCAAGGGACGCACGGUGAUCUUCUCCACGGCCAAAGACGUGGACGCGGAACGGUUCACCGUGCAUCAACUGUCCCGGGCUCACUUCCUGCUAAUGGAAGUCCUCAACGAUUCGAACGAGUUUCAGUGCGGUGGGUUCGUGUCGGUGCUCGACUUCAGCGGACUUACAAUGGCCCACGUGAACCUGGUGGGCGUCAACGACAUCCGGCUGCAGGUGAACGUUUCGGCCAACGCCACUCCCGUGCGGGCUCAGGAGAUGCACUUUAUAAACGCCCCAUCCCUGCUGACCACGGCCAUCAACUUGGUGAUGAAGCUGACCAGCGAAAAGCUAAGGAAUCGAAUCUUCUUCCAUCAAAGCUGGGACGAGCUGUACGCCAGGGUGGACAAGAGCCUGCUGCCGAAGGAGUACGGUGGAAGCGUUCCAAUGGAAAAGUUGGUGGCGGACUUCAAGGAUCGCUGCCGGGAGUUGCGUCCGCAGCUUUUGGCGAACGACGAAAUGGAGCUGGAAGUGACGAAGGAUUCCGAGUACUGGCAGGAGUCGUCGGACCUCGAGCUGGAAUCGGGUGCGAUUGGGUCGUUCAGAAAGCUGCAGGUUGAUUAGGGGGAUCGAUUUGAGGGUGCGUGGUAAUGAUUGCAGUGGAGAAUAAAGAUCAUCAAAUGUUA